AUGACAAUGACUCCUGGUGAUUUGAUCCUGAGGCUAUUGUUCGUGCUCCAGACUGGGACUGGGGUCCUGGGGAACACCUUUCUUCUCUUAUCCUCCAUCUCCACAGCCUGGACCAGCCAGACACCCAGGCCCAUACACCUGAUCCUCACCAACCUGGCUGUGGCCAACUUCUUCUUUAUUCUCUUCAAGGGGAUCCCUCAGAUAAUACUUAUCUGGGGAAUAACAAACACCCUGGAAAAUAUGGGGUGUAAACUUGUCAAUCAUAUACACAGAACAGCCCGGGGCAUUUCUCUCUGCACUACUUGCCACUUGAGCAGUUUUCAGGCCAUCAUCAUCAGCCCUAGAACUAGGGGGUGGAUGAAACUCAAAGAUGCAGCUUUGAAGAAUAUUGGCUUCUCCUGCUUCCUCUGCUGGAUCUCCAACCUGCUAGUGAACAUAUUGGUUCCUUGGUAUAUAGAGGCCCUUCAGCAUGGCCACAAUGCUACUAAGACAUCGAAUUAUGGGCUCUGCUUUUCUACAAAUCCUGAAACAAGUUCUGCUGUAAAAUACACAGCUCUGUUGACUUUCCCAGAUAUUGUGUUCAAGGGGCUCAUGGCUGGGGCCAGUGUCUACAUGGUCCUUCUCCUACACAGACACCACCAGAGAGUGAGGCAUAUUCACACCCUCAGCACCUCCCACAGAUUCUCCCCUGAGGCAAAAGCCACUCAGACCAUCCUGCUUCUGGCAACCACCUUCAUUUUGUUUUACUUCAUCAAUUCUAUCCUUACUACGUAUAAUACUGUGUUUUUCAAAUCUCGCCUCUGGCUGCAACAUACGACCACUUUUCUAGCAGCGUGUUAUCCCACCCUCAGCCCCCUGAUACUGAUGCUUCGAGAUUCUUGA